AUGAAGUUGACGGUUGUUGUUUUGGUUUUCAUGAAAGUUAGUGCAAUAAAAAGUAGUAUUUUGGAUAAUGGACAACUUUUAGGAACCAAAAAUAAUGACAGUGACCAGGAACAACAAGAAACACCUGAUGACAACCUUGGUGAUAUUUCAAAGCCAAAUACCAAUCCAUCUACAAGUUCACUUUCCCCUGAAGACUUAAAAUCCCUUACAUCUGAUGACCACAAAGACCAUUCAAAUAAGGUCUUUGAAGUUCUGACGUUACCACGAAAUGAUAGUCCUCUGGCCAUCAUUACAGAGAUCCCAAAAGACAUGUCCUUAAGUUUCACAAGUUUUGCAGACUGGCUAGGAUUGACACAACCAUUUAAUAAUGGAUUUGCAGAUAUAUCACAACUCUUAGUAUCUGCUGUUUACGAUUUGGAUAUGGAGCAAUCUGCAGGCAGUCAUAUGGGUGGACUGAUACAGCAAAAAACAACGACAGAUCUGAUACAACAAUACGAUUAUCCUCACAAAACUCAUCAUGUGACAACUGAAGAUGGGUACAUUUUGGAGAUGCAUAGAAUUCCUAACCAAAACAAGGCGCAAUAUCAAGGCGUAGUUUUUUUGAUGCACGGUUUGUUAUCCAGUUCUGCAGAUUGGGUCGUCAUUGGUCCACAAAAAGCUUUAGGAUUUCUUUUACACGAUAUUGGUUUUGAUGUCUGGAUGGGCAACGCCAGAGGCAAUAAAUACUCAAGAGGACAUUCGAAACUCAACAGUGCUACUGAUUCUGAAUAUUGGAACUUCAGCUGGCACGUGAUUGGUUCUAAAGAUCUACCAGCUAUGUUAGACUAUAUCUUAGAUACAACUGGUGAACAAAAGUUGACUUAUGUAGGACAUUCCCAAGGAACAACUUCCUUUUGGGUGAUGGCUUCAGAAAAACCAGAAUACAACACCAAAAUAAAAUCGAUGCAGGCUUUGGCACCAGUCGCAUUUAUGAGUCAUGUAACUAACCUAGUUGUAAACCUGUUGGCAACCACGUUAUCUGGUGUACUGCUUGUCACAAAUUUAUUUGGCCAAUUCGAGUUCUUGCCGUCUAAAGGUCUUGAGACAUUGUUGGGAAGGUUUUUAUGUGCUGAUGAAGAUCCUUUGCAAAUGGCAUGUACCAACAUGUAUUUUAUCGCGAUAGGAUACAAUCCUUCACAAUUGAACGCGCCUUUGCUACCAGAAAUCCUAAACAAUGUACCAGCUGGAGCGUCAACAAAACAAUUCUUACAUUAUGGCCAACUCAUUGCCUCCAAAAAGUUCAGACAAUACGACCACGGCCAAUUAGGCAAUCUAAAACAAUACGGAUCUCCAGAACCACCUGAAUAUGAUAUAUCCAAAAUUACGACACCAGUUGCUUUUUACACAGGACCAAAUGAUAAUUUGGGAGACCCUGAGGAUGCUGAACAAUUGGCAUCGCUCCUGCCUAAUUUGGUCGUAAACUUUUUGGGACCAAUACCUCUUUGGACGCACGCUGAUUUUAUUUAUGGAGAAGACGUCAAAGAAUUAUUUUAUGAUAAAGUUAUUGAUACAAUUAUGAAAUAUAAUGUUUAA